AUGAAAAACAACAAAAGUAAAGGGGGAAAUAAAAAGAAAGUCGAAAGGGCAAAGGGCGGGAGUAUUAUUACCCCUGGGAAUGCGGACUCCCCAAAAAGUACCCUCCAAAAUGGGGGAGGUAAAGACAAAGACAAGGAGAAAGGGGAAGCGACAGGAGGCACCUAUGAAGAGGGAGCUCAAGAGGAAGACCAAAACAAACAUCGCGAUGGUCAUCAAACUGCAGAUAACAAUUUUGGAGCGGCUGAAAAGAUAAGCCCCAGCCCAUCCUCCGCGUGUGCACCUAUGCAGGUGCCCCCUUCAGGGAAAAAGGUGGAAUACACCAAAAAGGAAAACAAUAAGAAAAAGGCACAAAAAGGGAAGACGAGCAUCAUCCAAAAGGGUGCCGCUGCCUCGGGUGAUAUGAAUGUGGAGAACGAAAAACAAAGCAAUAAUAACAAAAAGAGAAAUAAACCGACUGCUGCGAAAAACUCCAAAAAGGUUGAUCAAAACGGUGAACAGAAUGUUAACCGAGGGGAAGACAGCAAAAAGGGGUUGGAAAAAAAGAUGCACGAGGAAGAAACAAAAAAUACGAAAGGGGAAAUUGAAUACGAAGGAGAGUCACUCAUUAACAAACAACCCAUGAUAGGGAGAGACUUAGCGAAAAGUAGAGGAGAAGGAGAAACCGCAAGCAUCUCGCCAGAUCACCAAAUUUUGGAGAGCGUAGCGAAAAAUGAAGCAGGUAACAAGGGUGAGAACGCCUACGAAAACUCGGACAAUGCCAAUGGAGUAAAAAUAAAUGCAAGUAAAAAGAGGAAAGUAAAAAAGCAAAACGAACCGAGCAAUGACGAACCUGAGGCAACCACCUUAAUCGAAAAGAACCAAAAAAAAACUGCCACCAAAAACGAAGCGGCAAAUAAACCAAAAGGAGCAGAAGUUACCCUCAGCGAAGAAGAAACAAAAGAAAAAAUUUACAAAUAUAUGAAACAAACUAAUAGACCCUACUCAGUCAUUAAUGUGUACGACAACCUACAUGGGACCAUCAGCAAAAAUGUCGUCCAAAAACUAAUGGACGAAUUAAGUACAGAAAAAAAACUUCAGUGUAAAGAGUAUGGGAAGGCUAAAGUAUACCUUGUCAAUCAAAGGGAAUUUAAAAGCUUAAAUGUAAAUGAAAUGAGGAAAUUAAAAAACGACAUUGAAAUAAUGAGACAGCAAACAGAAGUGGCCAAAAAUGAUCUUAACCAUUUUGUAAAAAUAAAAAAAAAGUUCAUGCAAGAUUUAGAGCUAGUGGAAAACAUGCAUAAAUACAAAAAGGAUUUCCAACUAGUGGAGGAAGAAAUAAAAGUGUAUGAAGAGGCAAACAAAACAUGCAAGCUAACUGCGGACGAAAUUGACCUGAUUAAAAAAAGGCAUGGCUACCUGCACGCCAUGUGGCUCAAGAGGAAAAGCCUCUGUGUGGAAAUAAUUAAGUGCCUUGCCACGGUAACGGAUAAGGACGCCAAGGGCGUCAUGUUCCAUUUGGGCAUCGACGUCGACGAAGACGUGGUCCCGCUCAGUUUGUACUCCUAG